AUGACGCCUCUCAGAGAGCAGGAAGUCAGCCUGGGACAGGUGGCUGAGGGGACGCCAGCGAGGAGGAGCGUGAGGAAGGGUGAGGAAGGGGCCAUAGACGGCCGAGAGAGGAGGGACGAGCGCUGGAGCGUCCUCCUGCCGCCACAAAGACGAGGAGGAGCGGAGAGGUGGAUGAUGGGAGCCUCUCACGGGAAGAAGAGGGCGUACGACAUCGCUCAGCAGCACGGUGAUCGGAAUGGAACGCGGCCACACAGAGCUUCAGCGUACGCAGACUUGCAGCAGCACCGGUUCGACAAUGUCCACAGAAGGACAAUGCCCGCGUCCUGCCACAUCCCCUCGCCCGACUACCUGGAGGGAGACGAGGACCCGGAUCUCAUCAAGCCUAGAAAACUGUUGAAUCCGGUGAAAAGUUCCAAGAGUCACCAGGAGCUUCACCGGGAGCUGCUGAGUAGCUGCAAGCGGAGUGGGGUGAGCGUGGAGACCAAACCAGAGCUGCAGAGAGUUCUGGAAUCCAGGAAGAGAGAUCAGCUGAUGCGGCAGAGAAGAGAGGACGAGGUCGCUCGAAGGAAGAUUUCUCCUCUAGAAGCUGAACUGAGGAAGAGACACCAGAAACUGGAGGAGAUGGAGCUCCAGCAGGAGAAAGAAGAAGUGGAAAAGCUAAAGGCUCCUGAGUUUGUCAAAGUCAAAGAAAACCUGAGACGGACGUCAUGUGCUAGUAAAGAAGAGAAAGAAGUGUAAAUGACGACCCGCUGUCCCUCAGGGACUGCACAUAACCAUUGCAGACAUGAGUUGGCGUGAUGAGAAGACGCUGAGACAAGGUUGUGAGGACACAAAAGCUUGUUGUGUUGACCGCCGGCUUGGUACAGUACUGUAUGUUGCUGACAUGAUGAAGGACACUGAGGUCAUGUGGAAGGACAUGUCCACAUCAGGGUGAAAGUGUCCCAGGAGUUUGAGAUGCAUGGGCACUGUGGACAGCCAGAUAAGCGAACAACCUCUUUGAGACGUGGAAGUGUCUUUCACUCAAACACACUAUGAUGACUAAAUGAGCCACAUUACAGGAUUAAUGUGUCAUUAAUUGAAAAAGUCAUACUUAUUGGUUAUGUUACAACCGUUCACAGAAAGGUUCAUAACACGUAAUCAUGUGCUUUAUUAUCAUUAAUGACACUUAAAUUUCACUGUAAACUCAACAGAGUAAUUUUUAUUAGCACUUAAAUAUUUAAUUUUUUUAAUUAAUAAAUGUUCUGACAACACCAUCGAAAAUAUUUGAAGCAUUUGCUGAUUAAAAGACUAAUCCUGCUGUUGAAAAUCUUCAUUUAUAUGCCAAGAUAUUCAAAACCUAUUAUUGAAGGCUGUCCGAGAUGAACAAAAAAAAUAAAGUACUUCGAACUAAGAAUUUGGGGCA